AUGCAAUACCCAGUGGUAGCUGUAGGUGAUGAUACUGGGCUUAUCAAAUGUAAAAACUUAUUUAGUUAUUGAUCAUAAUGGAGAUAUCAAGCAUAUUGGAACUCAAGAAAGAGGGGAAUCCGUUAAAUCUAUCAGUCGAUAUCAAGACAAAAUUUUAGUGGCAAGGAAGAAUGGAAAAAUCCAAACACUGGAUUUGGAAGGAAAUUUUACCGAUAUUCAGACGCCUACAAAGAGUGAGCUGGUAAAAACAAAAGUUCUGGAUGAGUUGGUAAUUUCGAUGUACACAAAUAAAUCCAUCAAAAUUGGAGAUGAAGAAAUCAAAACUAAUUAUAACGAAGCCAGAGAUUUUAGCAUUUUCGAUAAUUUUCUGGGAACUUGUGGUAAAGGCGAUGUUGUAGGAAUUUAUGACUUCACCACCAAGCAAUCAGUCUGGAAAGCCAGGCCUCAGGAAAGACAUGAAAAUGUAGUCGACAUGGCUUGCAUUUUAAGGGAUAAUAAGGAUUUUUUUGUUGCCACAGCUCAUAAUGAAAUGAAAUUAUAUGACAUAAGGGCACAAAGAAAAGCAGUAAAAGUCCAAAGGUUAAAUCCUAAAGAUUUAUCUUGUGAUUACGCAAUAAAUACCUUGGCAUUGUCAGAAGACAGAGAAUUUGUAUAUGCUGGAGAUACUGUUGGGCACAUUUAUAAAAUAAAUACACAAUUAACGACCAUUGGGAAAACAAAAGGAAGAAGCGUUGGGUCUAUUAGAUCUAUUGAAGAAAAUGAUGGGAUGCUUUACUCAUGUGGAUUAGAUAGAUAUUUAAGGAUUCACAACUCGCGCGCGUUAGAUCUCAUAGAAAAGCAUUAUCUAUGGCAAAAACUCAACGCUUUAUUAGUAAUUCCUGCCCCGCUUUAG